AUGACGUCAAGUUCAAGAUGGAUGGAAUCACGACUACCACACACUCAACAGAAUUCUGAUAUAAAUUCUUUCGUGUGCUCCGUGGGAACAGAACGAAGACAUAGGGCCAGAAUGGAGAGUCUGGUGCACUACAGUAAUCCAUCCCAUGGCCUCUCUGUGCUGGGGGUGCUCAAUGAGCAGCGCCUGAGGGGGCAGCUCUGUGACACAGUCUUGGUUGUGGGGGAUCAGCGGUACCAGGCCCACAGGAGUGUGCUCGCCGCUAGCAGUGAGUAUUUCCAAUCACUGUUCACACGAAGGGAGUCUGAGCCCCACAAAGUGAUACAGCUGGACUUCUGUGAGCCUGACGCCUUUGAGAUAGUACUGAAUUACAUAUACUCAUCCUCCCUCUUCGUGGACAGAGGCAGCCUGGCAGCCAUCCAGGAGCUGGGCUACAGUCUAGGAAUCCCUUUUCUAACCAACAUUAUGUCAACAAGGCCGCAUGUGUCCUACUGCAUCUCCAGAAAAAGGCUGUCCUUCUCAGAGGACGAUAACGACAUCCAGCUGAGGAGUGUCAUUGUGCGCCAGAGCCGAAGGGGUGAUGCUCCCGGGGCCGGACGCUAUGGUUCAAAUGAUCAAGGAGAACAGACUCAAGCUUCAGGACACAGGAAACCAAACGAAUCAGCCAGGAACACUGCAUCCAAUCCCAGAAAAUCAGCUGAAGCAACUGGUGAGGGUUCUGAUAGCAAGCCCAUCAGUUCAUAUGCCUCCAUCUUAAAGGGGAAGACAUCACACACAGGGUCAUCAGUAAGGCCACAGCUCACCUCCUCAGUCUCCUUCAGUGAAUCUCCAACAGUCAUGUUACAGUCUGAUCUAAGCACUAAAGAAGAGGAGGAGGAGCAGAGGCUCUACAGAUCCAAACCACAAUUUCAGGGCCAGGUAGGGGAGCCUAGUCAGACCAUUGACAGGAGUGGCCCACUCAUAAAAAGCCUGCUGCGCAGGUCCUUAUCCAUGGACAGUCCCAUCCCAGUCUUCUCCCCCACACUGGAGCUCAAUAAACUGCAAGGCCGAGAACAGUCUGUUGUUAAGAUGGUGGCAAAUACAGAGGAAGAGAUUCAGACAGAGCACAAACAAAGUGUGAAAGUAGUUCCGUCGCUUCUUCUCAAGUCAAGGCACCACAGUAGGCAUGAUAAAGAUGAAACUCCAGGAAAGGAGUUCCAUGUGAAGACUGAGCCUAGCAGCCCACUGUCUGACCCCUCUGAGAUCAUUAGGAUCACAGUUGGGGAUUCUCUACCAGUUAACCUCAAAAACAAUGAAAUUAAUUUUGACCAAGACCCUACUAAGCCAUUUUCUAAACUCCCUGGAAAGAGAAGGGUGAGGAGAGACAAUCGAAGGUACCCAUUCAAAAAGUCUAAAGGGGUGAACGAACAUGAUUUCCCAUGUGAAGAUGACGAUGACAAUAUGUCAGAAUUUGUACCUCACAACUCCAACAUGGAUGACAAUGAUGAUGACUGGACUGAUGAUCCCAGGAAGAGCAAGAUGUUUAAAUGCUGGAUCUGUUUGAAAGUGUUCAGAUCCAAUGCUGGAUUGCACCGUCAUGUUAACAUGUAUCACAACCCAGAUAAGCCAUAUGCUUGUGACAUCUGCCACAAACGCUUCCACACCAACUUCAAAGUCUGGACCCACUGCCAAACCCAGCACGGAGUGGUACAAAACCCUGCAUCAUCCUCCAGCUCAUUCGAGCUGGAUGAGAAGUUUCAGAGGAAGCUGAUUGAUAUUGUGCGGGAGAGAGAAAUAAAGAAAGCCUUGCUCAUAAAGCUGAGGAGGAAUAAGCAGGGUUCGCAGUCUCAGGUAUUUGCCAAAAAAGGUGGCCUGAGGUCCAAGUCAAAUUUGAUAUGCCCUUACUGUGGGAAAUUGUUUGUGUUUCUCUAUCAAUUCAAGCAGCAUUUGAAGACACACCCUGCGGAGAGAGACAACCAAGAGACUGAGAGAGAGAGCGGUCUCUGCCAAAAGGACCAGCCCAGUCAGAGAGAGAACACGGACACAGAGGUUUACUCCUGCAGGCUGUGCAAUGAGAAGCUGUCCUCUCUCUUUGAGCAGGGAGACCACGAGAGGGGCUGUCGACACGCAACCGUGUGCCCUUAUUGUGGCCUCCGAUUCUCCAGCCCAGCGGUUAAAAAAGAGCAUGAAGCACACUGCAAGUACAAGAAACUGACCUGCCUGGAGUGCAUGAGGACCUUCAAGUCUUCCUUCAGCAUAUGGAGACACCAGGUGGAGGUUCACAACCACAACAUUAUGACUGUUAAGGAGCAGCUGAGCCAUCAAGAGGAGAACAAUGGAGAGGUAUCUGACCACCUCGGAAGGCCUCUCCAUACCCAGGAGUCUGUGGGAGUGGGGAGCUCCAGAGAGGACAUCAUCGACAGUGACUCCUCAGGUCCGCCUAUGUUGGACUCUGAGGAUUCUUCAUCAUUCGUGCCCGAGGACCUGAAUGCUAGCCAGUGUCACAACGAACAUCACGGCGAGCUGACCGUGAAGGAUGAGCCCAUUGAGGAGGCUGUGAGCGAGAGGGAGGACAUGACGUCCGGGGCCUCCGUCGAGCCUGAGGAGCCAGGCGUGUGGCCAUGCGAAAAAUGUGGCAAGCUCUUUGGUGGCCACAAAGACCUGGAGCGUCACCAGGAGCUGCUGUGCCACAUCAAACCCUUCAUCUGUCACAUCUGCAACAAGGCCUUCAGGACCAACUUCCGCCUUUGGAGCCACUUCCAGUCCCACAUGUCAACCUCCGACGAACCUGGAACGAGAGAGGUUGAUGACAGGCGCCCUUUGUCUCCCUCCCCCUCACCACCACCAGCGUUCACACAUGCAACUGGAUGUCCUGCCCCACAAGUUUUUCCACCUAAACCAAUGGAGGCAGAUACAGUGGUAGCUAAAGCUGUGGUAGCAAAAGAGAAGGAGAACCCUGGAAGCUCAUCGUCAAUGCCCAGGACCAAGAGGCCAGAGAUGGACAGAUCACACAGUAGCCCCCUACCCAAGAUGGAUAGUGUGGAUAAUUCCCUCACCCCUCAGGAAUCAGAAACCCUUUUUUACCAUGCCCCCACUCUCUCUGCCCUCACAUUUAAGAGGCAGUACAUGUGUAAGCUCUGCCACAGAACAUUCAAGACUGCCUUUAGUCUUUGGAGCCACGAGAAGAGCCAUAGUCACAUUUAAAUGUGUCUCACUCAAACACCUGUACUCUGUUUUGAGCCUCUGAGAUGAUACUUUAUGCUCACAGCAUCGUAAGAGAUCAACUACAACUCAGCCGGCACAAGAAAGAUUUUGAAUGUAUCUAUUGCUGUUGGUAGUUGGCUUUCCUUCAUGUUAUCUUUUCCAGUGGCCAUGUGUCAUAGAGGUGAGAAAGUGAAUGUCUGCAAUGAACUGCUAUUUGACUCAUCAGCUCCUUACAAUAGUUGCUUUGUCUUUGAUAUUGGAUUUACACAGUACUGACCUAUUUCAGAUAACUCCCUUUCAGUUUGCUUUACCUAUAUAACUAUUUUUGGGGGAUUCAAGAAAGUGCUUUAUUUAGGAAUUGCUGUACUGUACAAUUCAAGAACAGUUACGUGCUUUUGCAUGUUGUGAAUUUGUGUUGAUUGAUGUGUGAAGAUGACAUUAUGAAGAUGAUAUUAGUGGCCUCAGGCAUCAUGUUUAUUGAUAUGCACUUUGCAAUUCUGUUCAAUAUUUACAUUACAUAUAAUGGUCAAAUUACAUUGAUUUAAUUUCAGUUAUGUGAAUCUUUAUUUUGGAUCAUCUGCAUUCCAUUAACAUUUCAGCUGUAAUCUGUUUUGUACCAUAAAAGUAUGGUUUUCAUAUUGACUAUUUGUGUUAAUUCUUCAUUCUGAUUUUGUCAUUGCCCCAAUGAUAUUUCAUGUAGAUUAUACAAGUUAACAAGACCAAAGACCAGUUAGAUUAGCAGGGGGAUAAGAACUGGAAACGCAUGCAUUAUUUCAACUGACACUUUUUUUAGUUAUUGUAAAUCCUGAGUAAAAUAAAUCAUUUCUUGUUCAAUUUUAGCUAUCACUCAUUAAAUUACAGAUUAUCAUUAGUGGAUUAUUGUGUAAAGAAUAUGGAAAAUAUGUACUUUUGGGAAAGGAGUUUUGUUUACGUUCUGCCCACUGGGUGUGGUGUAUGGUAGAUUUUGUUUUUAACUAUUAAUUUGGUACACAACAGCACACAAGCGACUUGUAGAGUGAAUUUGAAUGGAUAAGAGCAUGCGUAUUUUACUCUCUGUCGGCUCAAUACUAGUAUGAUUAACUGUGAAAUAGUUUGAGGUUGAUAAAUACACAAGUAAUCCUAUGAAUUGAUUGCAUGGCCUUAGCAUAUGCAUCGAGACAAUUUUACAAUAGAUCUGUUAAAAUGAAGCACAGUCAGUGUUUUUGCAUAUUAACUUUUUUUACAUGGAUAUUUAGAAUGGUUUUACAACCAAGAGCCAAUAAAUGUGUGUGUGUGUGUGUGUAUAUAUAUAUAUAUAUAUAUAUAUAUAUACACAUACAGUACCAGUUAAAAGUUUGGACACUUACUCAUUCCAGGGUUUUUAUUUUUACUAUUUCCAUAUUGUAGAAUAAUAGUGAAGACAUCAAAACUAUGAAAUAACACAUGGAAUCAUGUAGUAACCAAAAAAGUGUUCAAAAAAUAUAUUUUACAUUCUUCAAAGUAGCCACCCUUUGAAUUUGUUAACACUUUUGCACACUCUAGUCACCUGGAAUGUAUUUCAAUUAACAGGUGUGCCGUGUUCAAAGUUAAUUAUAUAUAUAUGUAUAUAAUAAUUAAGAACAUGUGAAAGCAAGACUGUUGCCCCUUGGGGGGGGGAUUUGGAAAAUAAUUCCCUGUCCUAUAACAGAGUCAGAAUUUAAAGUGUGUAUUUUGGUUGUUUAAGUGUAUACUUUUUGCUGUGGUGGUGAUGGCUUCUUAAUUACACAUGGAAAAGGGAUUUUGAAAUUCGGUGGUUAGGUUCAAACAAAGUAUAUAUUUAUAUUUGUGCUCUGGAUUUUAUGCAAGAUCAUUAAAAAAAUAAAUUGAGUGCAAAGAAAUUAAAUAUAAUUUUGUGUAUAUGGCAGCGUUUGUAUAAUUGUGUACCUAUAAUUUGUUUGUUUAUGAAAAUACAUACUUUUAGUAUUACUGUGCUAUUUCUGCAAUGAUUAAUAUUUGUAUGGUUGCUCUACAUGAACAGCAGUUUAGUUUUUUUCUACAGUUUUUGUGCUUGAAUUUUUUUCUGUAAUAAAGAGUUGAUAAUUCA